AUGGCACGUGCAGAGGGCAGCAGGGCGCACGGGGCGCACAGGGCAGCAGGGCAGCAGGGCGCACAGGGCAGCAGGGCAGCAGGGCGCGCGGGGCGCACAGGGCUGCAGGGCGCGCGGGGCGCACAGGGCAGCAGGGCAGCAGGGCGCACAGGGCUGCAGGGCAGCAGGGCGCGCGGGGCGAACAGGGCAGCAGGGCGCACAGGGCUGCAGGGCACCAAGGCGCGCGGGGCGCGCAGGGCUGCAGGGCUGCAGGGCGCGCAGGGCGCGCAGGGCAGCAGGACAGCAGGGCGCGCGGGGCGCGCAGGGCUGCAGGGCGCGCGGGGCGCACAGGGCAGCAGGGCAGCAGGGCGCACAGGGCUGCAGGGCAGCAGGGCGCGCGGGGCGAACAGGGCAGCAGGGCGCACAGGGCGCACAGGGCAGCAGGGCGUGCGGGGCGCGCAGGGCUGCAGGGCGCGCAGGGCAGCAGGACAGCAGGGCGCGCGGGGCGCGCAGGGCUGCAGGGCGCGUGGGGCGCACAGGGCAGCAGGGCGCACAGGGCUGCAGGGCAGCAGGGCGCGCGGGGCGAACAGGGCAGCAGGGCGCACAGGGCUGCAGGGCAGCAGGACAGCAGGGCGCGCAGGGCUGCAGGGCGCGCGGCGCGCACAGGGCAGCAGGGCGCGCAGGGCAGCAGGACAGCAGGGCGCGCAGGGCGCGCAGGGCUGCAGGGCGCGCGGGGCGCACAGGGCAGCAGGGCAGCACGGAUCGCGGGGCGCAGCAGGGCUGCAGGGCGCGCGGGGCGCACAGGGCAGCAGGGCAGCAGGGCGCACAGGGGAUGGCGUCAUGCCCCGCGUUGGUAGGUGGUAA